AUGAACAACAACAACAACAACAUCAUCUCAAGAAACGGCAACGGAACAACACAAGCUUGUGCUGCAUGUAAAUAUCAACGUAGGAAGUGUGGUACAUCCUGCAUUCUCGCACCAUAUUUUCCUCACGAUCGUCAAAAACAAUUCUUAAACGCUCAUAAAUUGUUUGGUGUUGGUAAAAUCACCAAUAUGAUCAAGAAUGUUCCACCUCAUCUUAGAGAUCAUACCAUGAGUUCUAUUAUUUUUCAAUCUGAUAUGCGUGCUAUGGAUCCUGUUGGUGGUUGUUAUAGAUUCAUUCAACAGCUUCAAUCUCAAUAUGAAUUUUAUCAAGCUGAGCUUCAUCUUACACGUCAACAAAUUUCUAUUUGUAAAGCUACACAAUCACAACAACAUCAACAACAAUUUGCCGCUGUGUCUAAUCAUCAUUAUAAUGACAUGCAUGUCAUUAAUCAUAACAAUAACGAGGAUAAUGAUGCUGCUUUGAAUAUUAUCAAUCAUUUUAACCAGCAGCAUUUUGUUGAUGAUCAACUGAAUAUGAAUAUGCUGCCUCAACAGCAAUUGCAACUGCAGCAGCAAUAUGUUGUCGAUGAUGUCUGUAUUAACCCUAAUUAUGUUCCUUUACAAGAGGAUCUUAAUUCAUGGGCAAACAAUAUUAAUAUACCGUUGUCUCCUUUAACUUUGGAGGGUAACAAUAAGGAAGAAGAUGGUGAAGAAGAUCAGGAACGUGUUGGUGAUGAUCAAGGAAAUGAUCAGAAACCCGUUUUUGACCUAAUCAAUGAAAUGAAUUCUUUGGAUACCAACAGCAGUAGUAUUGAUCCGGGGCACCAGGAGUUAGAACACAUUAUAAUUUGGGGCAUUUCAUGUAUGAUUAUGAUGUUAUGUGAUGGUGAUGAUGAUGAUGAAGGGGUCUUGUGA